GUCCAAGUCACUCCAACAUCCUGGAAGUGAGACAGCAAUGCCGAUCGGCGGGGAGUCCACGGCCAAUGGGGCAUCCCGGCCAAGGCGCAUUGUGAGGGAUAAAUAUAGAGUGGGGCAAAGGAUUUCAGACUUUGAAGGUCAGCCCAUGUUUUAUGGGAGCUCCUUUCCUCGUCCUCCUUUUCUUUCUUUUCUUCUCUCCAUCGAUUCACUCCAUCAGUCCUUCGUUCCUAUCCUCUCCUCUACAUACCCCGUACCAACUACCAUAAUCCUAAUCUAAUCGAUCACUUCUACCAAACAACCAUCACAAUGUCUGCCACCACCUCCGUCGCCUCCACCACCUCCGCCGCGACCUCCGCGUCGGCCACCUGCACCGGCUCCAUCUGGGAGCUCCCCACCAAGGACAUUGCCUGCGGUCUGCCCAAGUCCGGCAACGCCACCGACAUCCUCGACAAGUGCUGCAAGCCCGCCAAGGUCUCCGAGUACAACAGCGGCUGCGGCCUGUACUGUCUGGCGCAGGAGCAGUCCGCCGGGGACCUGACCGACUGCUUCCGCGACCAGGGCGCCAAGGACGGCGAGUUCUUCUGCAGCGGCGGCAACUCGUCCCUGACGGCCACGGCCUCCGUGCCCUCCAAGACCGGCGACUCCGACUCCGACUCUUCCUCCACCGGCACGUCCACCGGCAGCUCCGCCAGCUCCACCAGCAGCGACUCCGCCGCCAUUGCCCUGAGCCAGCCCAUCUCCAAGAGCGGCCUCGGUCUGUUGGCCAUGCUGGCCUGCUCGGCCCUGAUGGGUGUUGUUGCCUAAGUCACUCUGAUCUGAUCGGAGUGGAACAACAAAGCAAAGAAAAGGAGACUGUACAGUGGUUAUAUCUAAUACGUUAAUACCCUUAUGAGAAUGGCCUGCGUUGAAUUGAAUGUAUUAUAUCUCGAUCGGACGGUCAACGGUUAACGCUGGUCUACAUAAUCUUGGGAAUGAAUGAGUUUUCAUAUGUACAAUUAUCCUCGUACAUG